AUGAUCUCCGACGGCGACCUCUACCGAUUGGCCAUCUUUCUCGGCUCGUGCGCUAUGAUGAUGAUUGUCCUCUACCACUUCCUCGAUGUGAAUGCCAGUGAAGAGACAGAAGCUGUCCCUGUCGGAGCUGCCCAAUCAACCAAGAACACCGAACCUGCAUCAUCAGAAAAUGCAGCUGCAGCGAAAUCCAAAUGA